CCAACUGCUUGCAGUAUGUCACCUUAGUAAUAGGAAGUUGAUCGCCUGCUCACAUCUGCUGUACAAGCAAGUCAUAAUUUAGCUGCAGCUGUAGUAUUUUGCUAAUCGGCAUACGUUGAUUAACGAAAUUGUAGAAAUCGGAGAACGACUGCCGUCUCUCUCCCUCUUCCAGAAAAGAUGGCGGCCGUCCCUUUCUCUCGAUCAGAAGUCUUUGGGCAGCUGAGGAAAGAGUUGUAUGAGGAUGUUGAGUUCCACCAAUCAGACGUGCAUAUCUUCAUCAUCAUGGGUGCCUCGGGCGAUCUGGCCAAAAAGAAAAUCUACCCCACGCUGUGGUGGCUCUUCAGAGAUGGGCUGCUCCCUGAGGAGACCUACUUUGUGGGCUUCGCACGCUCCAGCCUCACCGUGGAGGGGAUCCGUACCGCCUGCCAGCCCCACAUGAAGGUAGUGGAUGGAGAGGCAGAGCGUCUCUCUGCGUUCUUCAGCAGGAACUCGUACCUCAGUGGGCAGUAUGACGAUGAGCACUCGUUCUCCCAGCUGAACGCUCACCUGGGCACUCUGCCGGGGGGCCCUGAGGCCAACCGCCUGUUCUACCUGGCCCUGCCCCCCAGCGUCUACCACAACGUCUCCAAGAACAUCCGCCAGCACUGCAUGAGCAGCAAGGGCUGGAACAGGGUGAUCGUGGAGAAGCCCUUCGGCCGGGACCUGCAGAGCUCAGAGGAGCUGUCUGCCCACCUGUCCUCCCUCUUCAGCGAGGACCAGAUCUACCGCAUCGACCACUACCUGGGCAAGGAGAUGGUGCAGAACCUCAUGGUGCUGAGGUUUGGGAACAGGAUAUUCAGCCCUAUCUGGAACAGGGACAGCGUGGCCUGUGUGGUCCUGACCUUCAAGGAGCCCUUCGGGACGCAGGGGCGGGGCGGGUACUUCGACGACUUUGGAAUCAUCCGUGAUGUCAUGCAGAACCACCUGCUGCAGAUCCUCAGCCUGGUUGCCAUGGAGAAGCCCGCCUCCACCAGCUCUGACGAUGUGAGGGAUGAAAAGGUGAAGGUGCUGAAGUGCAUUGCCCCCGUCACUAUGGAAGACGUGGUGCUGGGGCAGUAUGUGGGGGACCCCGCAGGCGAGGGUGACGCUAAACAGGGGUACCUGGAGGACCCCACCGUCCCCAAAGGCUCCAGCACCCCCACCUUCGCCACCGCCGUGCUCUACGUCCACAACGAGCGCUGGGACGGAGUUCCCUUCAUCCUGCGGUGCGGUAAGGCGUUAAACGAGCGGAAGGCGGAGGUGCGGCUGCAGUUCACAGACGUGCCGGGGGAUAUCUUCGGAGGACAGUGCCAGCGGAACGAGCUGGUGGUGCGGGUGCAGCCCAACGAGGCCGUCUACGCCAAGAUGAUGAGCAAGAAGCCCGGAGUCUACUUCAGCCCCGAGGAGACCGAGCUGGACCUCACCUACGGGAGCCGCUACCGGGGCGUGAAGCUGCCAGAUGCAUAUGAGCGGCUGAUCCUGGAUGUUUUCUGCGGGAGUCAGAUGCACUUUGUGCGCAGUGAUGAACUGAAAGAGGCCUGGAGAAUCUUCACUCCUCUCCUUCAUCAGAUAGAUCGGGAGAAGUCUCCGCCCAUGCCAUACAAGUAUGGAAGCCGAGGGCCCGCUGAGGCAGAUGAGCUGGUGAAGAAAGUGGGAUUCAGAUAUGAAGGCACUUACAAGUGGGUCAACCCCCACAAACUGUGAUUGCCCCCUCUGCAUGUGCACGUGCACACACAUGCUCAGUGAUCACCCCUCUGCACUGCAUACACACACACACACACACACUCAGUGAUCGCUGCUCUGCAUUACACACGCUCGGUGAUUGCCAGUGAUUGCCCCUCUGCACUGCGCGCACACACAGUGACCUCCUUCCUCGUGCACUUACGCUCACACACAGACACCCCCCCCCACACACAUGCUUGCACACAGACAACCCCCCCUGCCCCACGC